AUGCAGAAUCCAGUGAAACAAACCGGUGGUAUGGAUAAUUCCGAGGCCACUGACCCUAUUGUCAAAUAUUCCUUCACUUGGGAUUCGCUGUUCCAAGGUUUGGAAAUAUUUGCAACCAUGUGCAUACCUGCGGCCAACGUAGAACCUAUACCUACACCGGAAACUUUUGUUACUGGAAUGCUGUAUGAUCGCUGGGAAAAACGUGCAAUUGCACAUCCGUCAUUAUCCGAAGUGGAAUUAUAG